UAACAACAGUUAGGCGACAUGUUUCCCUGUAAUUCUGGUUAAGAAAUUAUGUUCACUUUAAAAACUUCUCCUGAGCUGUGUGUGAACAUGGUGACCGUCGGCAUGUUACUGAUGGUCCUGUUUCUUUCAGGUGCUUUAGCUGAUUGUCCUGAUGAUGCAGACCUCUUCAUAACUGCACCAAAGAAGUUGGAAGCACUGAGUGGAUCUUGUUUGAAAAUCCCAUGUAGCUUCAGACCCAAAGAAGAACAGAAAUUUAUCAGCACAAGAAAAAUCUUUGGAGUGUGGAUUAAAAAUGAUGAUAGAUUUAGCAUUUAUCCAAACAAUGUGAUCUUCAACAGUAAUGGAGCAGUUAGCAUCUAUCCAAUGAGUAUUACUGGGAACCUGAGUCAGAGAGACUGCACCACUCUGUUUUCUAAUUUAACCACAAACUACACAGACACAUACUUCUUCAGAGUAGAGAGAGAACCAUUCAAGGCGACAGCUUCUUGUGAUCCUCUUCAAAUAACAGUCAGAGAUUCUCCUUGGAGGCCCAAUAUUACAAUCCCAGGUGAUCUGAAGGAGAAGGAGUCUGUCACUAUAACCUGCUCAGCUCUCACUCCCUGUCCACACUCCCCUCCUCAACUCACCUGGAAUCUCACACAAGACUCUCACAACAAAAUAGAGGAAAACACAGAUGGAAACUUUACAACUAAAAUCCAGCAGACCAUCACUCUGUCAGACACACAUGAUGGAAAGAAGAUCAGCUGCUCUGCCAUAUAUCCUGUGAACCAAGGAAAGGACACCAAGACAGCAGAGACAGAAGAGACUCUCAGUGUUUCAUAUGCUCCUAAAGACACCUCAGCAUCCAUCAGUCCAUCAGGUUUGGUGUCAGCAGGCAGCUGGGUGAAGCUGACCUGCUCCAGCAGAGCCAAACCUGUCAGCAACUUCACCUGGUUCAAGAAGAGCAGAGAUGGAGCUGUGAAAGUAUCUGAAGGAGAGAUUUACAGCUUCAAUGUAACAGAUGGAGGAGUUUAUUACUGUGUGGCCACUAAUGAUCUGGGUAAUCAGACAUCAGCAGAGAUUCAUGUGACUGUUGGAGGAGACACACUGUGGCUACUUCUUGGAGUAAUCAUUGGGAUCAUUGUACUCUUACUUAUAAUUCUACUCUGUUUGAUCAUCUUUGUUUGGUUAUUAAAGUCAAAGCAACAAACUCAACAACAGAUUCUGAUUCAAAUAAAUGAAGAGCAGAACGUUGAAGAACCAGCAAGUAAAAAGGAAGAAGAGGAAGAAAACAUCCAUUAUGGAGAGAUCAGAUUCUCUACACUGCCAUAUGAAGCAUCGUCUGACUCAGUGUGGGACAGUAGACAGCAGCAGGAGACGGUGUACGCACAGAUCAAAAAGCGAGAAAAGAGCUUAAAACAAAGAGCUCACGGCCAAGAGGAACUCUACGCUGAGGUGAAGAAAAAAUGAGAACUGUUGUGAAAUAAUUUUACAUUAAUAUAGAAAUACACACAUGGUGCCUGUAAAUGUGUCAUUUUCACUGCCUACAGUUCAGUGAAGUAAAACAACUAAAAACCCA